AUGGCUGCCACGAACGGUUUGAACUAUGAUGACCAUUUUAGGCCAGAGAAACUGAAAGAAUGGCCAGAGCCGGAUUCUGUUUCUUUAAUGGAGGUAUUGGCUAGAGAAGACAUUGAUGAGGCUGUGCAUGCGAUAUUAUUUAGAGAAAACUAUGUUGUGAAGAGAUUGGAUGUAUAUUUUCAGCAUCUGGCUGUUUUUAAGGAGAGAAGAAAAGAGAUGUUACAUAAAAAAUGGGUCGAAAAUGUUGCAGAGCCUCUUCAGCAGAGAAUUAUUGAAAAAGUAAUGUCAUAUAAAGGAGCUGAAAAAAUAAGACAAGAGAAAUAUGAAUAUUAUCUAAAGCCCACAAAUAAACUGGACUACCUCAGUCAUGGAAUCCAGCUGUUGUUGGAGAUGAAGGAUAGUGCUGCACACGGCUUUUAUGUCACUGAUCAGCUGGAGAGAGAGUUUUUUGUAGAGAUGGGCUGUGGUUUUCCCAUCUGUUUGGCCAAGAUAGCUCUGGUGUCAUGUGGGUUUCCAAACCCUUUGUCACUGGGUGGAGUGAGCGUCGCCAGCAUCAGGCACCCCACCGCAGCUGCUGCCGGUGCUCAGGGGUGCCCGCCGAGCCGCCGGGAGCGGGUCCGAGACACGGAGGGCAGCAGGCCGACGCCGCUCCACUCCGCCGCGGCGGGCGCACUGCGCUGGGAGCCGCCGAGUCCUGAGAAGCUCGUCAGGGCAGCAAAGCAGCAUCUGCCUGAGGAAGAGGUGACCACGGACCUGAGUCAGAUUGUGUUUGAAAGGCAAUUUCGUUCUUCAAAACUCAGCCAGGAGAAGAGGGAGGCUGAAAAGAAGGGUCUGGUUACAGGGACCCGACUGCAGAGACCUCGUUCCUGGACAGCAGGGGAGUCCCGACAUACACGGGGGCCACCACCUGUGGAAAGAAGAGUGAUGACAGCAGAGGUUCUGGGGAAGCACCUGGCCUCCCUGCAGGGAGCAGCCAGGCAGGGUGACCUCUGA